AUGAUCACGCUGUAUCUGUUGCUCGCCAUACCACUGGCUCUGUACGGGGUUUACCUCGUUUCAAAACGAAAAUUCCGGUACUGGGAACAAAAGAAAGUGCCACACCUAUCACCAAAACCAAUUCUAGGAAAUUUCUCCGAAUACAUUCUCCAGCAGAAAUACUAUGGACAUGUGGAACAGGACAUCUGCGACAAGUUCCCUGAAGAACCAUAUGUUGGCUCUUACUUUGGCACGGAGCCGGCCCUCAUCGUACAAGAUCCUGAAUUCAUCAAGACUGUCAUGACAAAGGACUACUAUUUCUUCAGUGGCCGUGAAGCCUCUGCAUACAGUAAAAAUGAAGCGUUAACACAAAACCUUUUCUUCACUUAUGGUGACAGGUGGAAGGUACUGCGCCAGAAUCUUACGCCUUUGUUCUCAUCCGCCAAGAUGAAAAACAUGUUCCACUUGAUCGAGAAAUGUGCCCGUAUCUUUGAGAACAUGAUCGAUCAGGAUGUACAGAAAUGUAAAGAUAUUGAAGUACGAACCCUGACGGCAAAGUUCACUAUGGAUGCCAUUGGAAAUUGUGCUUUUGGAGUUGAGACCUGGACCAUGGUAAAGACUGAAAAUAAUCCAUUUACAAAAAUUGGUGAUAUUAUCUUCGAUACUGCCAGGCUGAGAGCAUUAAAGGUUGUGAUGAGAAGUAUUUGGCCAGCCAUCUUUUAUGGUUGUGGAGGUAAAUCACUCCCCGCUGACGUUGAUAACUUUUUCUACAAUUUGAUGACUGGUAUUUUCAAAGGACGUAACUACAAGCCGACACCAAGGAACGACUUCGUUGACCUCCUAUUGAAGUUCUACAACAAUAAAACGGUGACUGGAGAUAGUAUGAAAAACAUGAAGGGUGAUUCAGAAGAGAAAGUUACUUUAAAGGUGGACGAGGAGUUUUUGAUUGGACAAUGUUUCCUGUUCUUUGCUGCUGGGUAUGAGACGUCAGCAACUACAUUGAGUUACACUCUAUAUGAGUUGGCAAAGAACCCGAAAGCUCAAGAGUUAGCGAUUCAAGAUGUGGAUAACUACUUGCGUCGCAACGAUAACGUGUUGAAGUACGAGUGUGUUACCGAGUUGCCUUAUGUGGAAGCUUGUGUUGAUGAGGCUCUCCGUCUAUACCCAGUGCUGGGAGUCCUGACUCGGGAAGUCAUUGAGGACUAUACAUUCUCGACAGGAUUGAAAUUGGAGAAAGGACUCCGCGUACAUUUACCGGUGUACCACAUGCAACACAACCCUAAAUACUUCCCAGACCCAGAACAAUAUCGACCGGAGCGGUUCCUGGGUGAGGAGAAGAAUAACAUCACGCCGUACACAUACUUCCCAUUCGGCGAAGGACCUCGACUAUGUAUCGGAAUGAGGUUCGCAAAGAUGCAGAUAACAGCAGGAAUUAUAACGAUACUCAAGAAAUAUCGCGUCGAACUUGCACCGGGUAUGAGCGAGAAACUACAAUUCGAACCGCGGUCUAUAAUCACUGCACCUAUUGGAGGUAUAAGACUGAAAUUCAUUGAAAGAGAGGGAUGGCAACAACGAGUGUUUAAGGCGCCAAGUGAAGCUUAA